UCGAAUGUUGUUGGCAGUUUGUGUGAAGGUGGACAUUCGGUGCACAUAUCGGUAAACAAGUGUUAGCGCUAUUUUCACAUGAUGUGGGUGUGUUUCGAAUAUUAAUUAUUAAAUAUCGUAUUAUUUACAUUUUGUUGCCGGUAAAAAAAGUGCCAUUCUUAGGAUUUGCAAUUUUUAAAUUUAAAGAUGAUGCAUCCGACACUAUCAACUUCGAUUUUCCUCGUAACGAUUGCCUACAUCGUAUUGGUGUUUGGACAGCAAAAUUACACCCCCGACCCUUACGGUAGCACGCAACAAAGGUACAACAGUCAAGACCCCUACAAUAAUCAGCCUUACGACCCGAACCGUCCAUACAAUCCACAAGAUCGCUACAACAACCCCCAAGACAGGUUCAACCAAGACCGCUACAAUAACCAGGAUCGCUACGGUAACCAAGAUCGUUACGGUAAUCAGGAUCGAUAUGGUAAUCAAGAUCGUUACGGUAACCAAGAUAGAUACGGCAACCAAGACCGUUACGGUAACCCCAACCAAGAUCGUUACGGUAACACUAACCAAGAUCGUUAUGGGAACCAAGAUCGUUACGGUAAUCAAGAUCGCUAUGGAAAUCAAGAUCGAUAUGGAAACCGACCGACUGGACCUGGACAGCCUCCCUACGGCCAAGGGGGUACUUACGACACCAGGGGCGGGUCUGGUUUGCAAGGUGACGAUUUUUGUUGCGAGGAAUUCUGCUACAGAAGAGAGGAAUCUUAUUUACAGUUUGGAACGAAAACAGCCUACCAGUUCGUUGUACGGCAGCGGCAGAAUGAUCAAUUCAAUGUACCUAAUUGCCAGCCAGUCCAAUUUUGGAGCCUAAGCAGAGACGGCACGCGAUUACCGAGUCCUCAAGUGAUUUCGAGACUUCGAAAUUUGAACAACCUCCGUCAACAAACCCUAAUUAAUUACGACCAACGCCAGACGUACCCCAGAACGGGAAGGCUGUGCGACGACGAUAUGGACUUAUUGAGAAAGUGGCGUUGGAACGAUUCGAUCACCGAAGACCGGGCGUUCUCCCUCACGUCUCAGGGAGUGGAGGAUCUCAAGUUUUUGGCCAGGAAAUACCAGACGCGUUUCAGACCGUUUUUAGACCAACCCUACACUGAGGAGUACUACAAGUUCCACUACUCCGACACUGAAAGAGCACAAGAAAGUUACCAAGCAUUUGUUGAGGGACUGUUUCCUCAUAGCAUGUAUCGAAUUCAUGCAGAAGUCCGACCGGAUGAUCACCUACUUAAGCAAGAUCCCUACGGUGGUUGUAGCAGAUACGGAUCCAGUAGUUACGAUUACAAUCAACAGUCUUCGCGCGAUUAUAACCGGCAAGGAGGAGGACAAUAUGGACAGCAACAACAAUAUCAAUCUGGAUAUGGACAGGGAGGUUCAUAUAACCAACCGCAAGGAAGUGGAUAUAAUCCACAGUACAACCAACAGGGAGGAUCCUACGGUCAGCAAGGGGGAGGAUCCUACGGUCAACAACAUGGAGGAGGCAGUUAUUACAAUCCAGGUGGUUACAAUACACAAUAUGGAGAUGAUCCACAGGCGUUGAUGGAGUAUAAUAGAUUUGUACAGAAGCAGGAAUAUAAGGAAUUGGUUCGUGACGUAAGUCGACGUUUGGGUUUCAAAUACAACUUGAACGAGUCGUUGAUUGAAGAUAUGUAUGAUAUGUGUCGAUAUGAAAAAGCUUGGUAUCCACGCGAGCUCUCGCCAUGGUGUGCUGCUUUCAAUGUUAAACAACUGAAACUCCUAGAGUAUGGUGAGGAUUUAAAAUACUACUACAAAUUCGGCUAUGGAAACCCGAACAAUUUACGAGCUGGUUGCCCACUGCUGAAGGAUUUGUAUGAUCGAUUUGAGCAGGCCGUUAAUGGAGGCUACGUGAGCCACAAAGUGGUCGCCUACUUUUCUCAUACCAACAGUCUGCAGCUAUUUUUGGUCUCGUUAGGGGUUGCCAAGGACUUCACAACGUUAACCGCCGACAGCUACAUCGGACAAAGUCGCCGGCAGUGGCGCACGUCCAACUUGUCCCCCUUUGCCGGAAACGUUGUCGCCGUUCUUUAUCAGUGCCAGUCUAGCGAUCAGCACAAGGUGAUGUUCUUCUUAAAUGAAUCUCCAUUAGACAUACCUGGAUGUCAGGUGGGGCUCUGCGACUGGAACGUCUUCAGAGAGAAGGUGAAUAGCGCCAACUGCAUGUCAUAUGACUGUUACAACUCCGCAACUAUAACAUCGAAUUCGAUAUUAUUAAAUUUGUGUGCAAUUUUGUUUGUGGUUUACACAUUAACACAUAGAUUUUAGGUUUGAGUUUGACUCGUAAGAAUGUACAAAAAUUACGCUAAAAUAGUACUGAUGUAUUUUUUAAAUUGUUUAAACCAGUGUACCUUAAUAAUCUCAAAGGUUGUGCAGUAGGUACAGUGACGAUUUUUGUAUUUUUAUACACAAGCAAUUCAUUUUAGCAGUAUUUGUAGCGUUAGAAUUUUUUAAAUAUAAUAAUAAGUAGGUACCUACCUACCUACAAAUUAUUACUUUCGUAAUAAGUGAGAAGUUUUAGAGGUAUGUUGUGAAGAAAACUGUUAGAAUCUCAUUUUUCAAAAAAUAAAAUUAUUGUACAAAGGAA